AUGUGGGUCGAAUACUGCCAGGUUGCCCAGGCCAUCUCCAUGGCUUGUAACGCUAAAAACGACUCCGAGGUACAGAAUGCCUCUGAAUUCUCCAUAUUGCUCUUCGACAAUCUGAUUCAACCUCUCCUUGAUCUUCUCUCAUCUUUCAUCCUCGCCGGAGCUGUACGGACUCAACCCACUGCAUUCGUUCCUCCACCGUUUCACAUGAUGGAUGACUCCUUUCGUUGGACCCAGGCAGCUCAGGACUAUAGUGAACUACUUCCACCACCUGACCGCAAAGUUGUGCUUUUAUCCACAACAGAAGGCGAGGCCAAUGACAUCGUUUGA